GAGUACAUCUAGUUUUGUUCCGGGUUCGCUCAAAGUUGGACGAAUAAAAAUACUGAAAUUAGCGGGCUUCGCCGCGCGCAAUUCGGCACUGCUGACUGUUCUGGUGUUACUUUAGCACUACGUUUAACUGAAGCACAGCUGUUGCGGGCUCACGCGCUAUCGUAAUCGUGUCCUGCUGAAGAAUCGAGUACUUGUCUGCGUCCUCUCCUCCUUGUUGUUUUUCGGAAGCUAGGCUAGGUUAAUUUCUCCCAUGCCUCUACAUGUUGAGCUACCAGCAACUUACCCACUUACACCCGGUGAGCUCCAGGAGCAAAGGCUCCCUGCGCUGGUCUUGCAGCCGCAAGCGAGGCCUGGACGGCAGCUUGAGGAGGUGCGACGGCCAGGAGAAAGCGGACCAAAGUCAAAGAUGUGCUGAAAACCGGUCCUCGAGUUUUACCACUCCUGAGGGUGAUGGUCCAAUGUCAAGGUGUGCAGACUGGGCCAGCGAGGUGGAGCAAGAGGAGAUGCGCAUGGGUGUCCGUCAGGAUGUCCAACGCUACAGACGGAGGAUCUUGACUGCUGACUUCAAUGAAAGAGAAAGGAAAACCUCUUCAGGAAGCUCUGAAUGUAGAGAUUCUCCCAUUCCUGCUGAUAUGGAAACGGAUGAGGCCGUGUUGAUGAGACGACAGAAGCAAAUCAAUUAUGGCAAGAACACCCUUGCAUAUGACAGAUAUAUCAAGGAAGUGCCCAAACACCUGCGCCAGCCUGGGGUGCACCCUCGGACACCUAACAAGUUUAAGAAGUACAGCCGUCGCUCGUGGGACCAACAGAUCAGACUGUGGAAGGUGAAGCUGCAUGCAUGGGACCCCCCAGUCCAGGAGGGAAAUGACCUGCAGGCCAUUGAUGAAAUGGACCUUGAUGAUGUAAUGGAGAUUGAACUGGAGGCUUGUGACUCAGCUGAGUCUGAGGAAAACACCCAGUGCUCUAAAAACACCAAGGACACAGCCUCCAUUCCUGCGGACUCCUGCACGGGGACCCCCAGCAAGGUGAUGAAAACCGAAGCCAAUUUUGACCUCUCGUAGUAAAGGGGGACGACACCCGGGCUUCUGAUGUGUGCCCACAAUCUUCAGGACAUUUGUGUCCGUGCGGAGACGAGGCUGUGGUCAGUGCAGACACUCCUUGUCCUUCUCAUGUGGGCGUAAGACAGUCUGUCCUGCUAUUGGCUGCAGUCUUCACUUUGAUAUUUUGUUGCUGAGUCUGCUGUAAUUUUCCAGUUGUAUGCAGCUUUCUGACAAAGUACUCCAAGUUUAGACUUGACAUCAGUUUGUUACUGUGUUUUAUGACAUUGAGUUCAGUGAAAAUGGCAUCUCUUUUGUACUGAAUGUAAAUAUUUUAAAUAUCUAAAAUAUGUUAAUUGUUCCUUCCCCUACUUUUGCUGGAUGCCUCAUCUGGCCACACAAGCUUGGAAAUGUACUCUGAAGCAAAAAAAAGCUGAACCAAAGCCAUUCCAAAUGGCUUUGUAUUAGUAAAACUGCAACUU